GAACCGAGCGAUCAAAAGUGAGUAGUCAUGCUGCGAUGGAUACUCGGCGCUCGUGAGGCGCAGGGUAAUGUCGAAAAAAGCCCGGUGCUGUUCAUCGGAGAGGAACAGCCGAAAAACGCUUUCACGGAGUUGCAGGUGCUGAAAGGGCACUUUGACAUUGUUCGAUUUCUGGUGCAGAUUGAUGACUUCAGGUUUGCCUCAGCAGGUGACGAUGGACUUAUACUGGUGUGGAAUGUUGAUACAGGGGAGCGUCUGUUGGAACUGCGGAGUCGCUCUCAGCAGAUCACUGCCAUGAUGGCCUACACCUUCAUCAGAGGAGGAGGAGACCCACACACUUCACUCAUCACUGCUUCCUCAGACAGAUCUCUGAGUCUCUGGGAUCCAGACACAGGGAAUCGUGUGCAUACAGUGUCAGAUCUACAGUCUUCUGUAAAGUGCCUGCUGGCGUUGGAGUAUUUGGAUGUAUGGUUGUCUGGAGGGAAUGAGUUGUGUGUCUGGAACAAAGAUUUCCAGCUGCAGUGUAAGACUGAGCACUACAGUGAUGCAGGAAUCACUGCUAUGGUGGAAUUACCGAAGAGCUGUAUUGCUGCAGCGAAGGACAGAGAGAUCGUGAUAUUUAAAAUCAUUUCGACUGAUUUGGACAUGACAGUUGUGACUGUCAGAUAUCUUGCCGAUCAUCAGGACAGUAUUCACGCCCUCAUCAGAGUCAACGAGGAGCUGUUUGCCAGUGGCUCUCAUGUUGGUGAGCUGAUUCUGUGGGACUCGGCUGAUUGGACAAUCCGGGCAUAUGAACACAUCUUGUGGGAGGAACGACCUGCUGACGGACAGGCAGAGAUUCGAAUGAGCAUGCAGAAACAGAGUGAGAUGUCUAUUCAACACCUGACCUCAGAUGGAGAGCUGGUUGUGGUUGCAGUGGGUAGUGGGUUGUAUGUCUAUCAUGUGAUGAGGAGGAGUGUGGUGGCAUAUCGGAAGCAUGCCCAUGACUCUGACAUCCUACAGACCAUGCUGCUGGACGAUGGUCAGUUGAUGUCGUGUUCAGAGGAUGGCAGUGUGAGGAUUUGGGAGUUACAAGACCUACCUUUACCUGCUGAACCCGCCUCCUCAGGGUUCUUUGGGAUAUGGUCGUUUGGAAGGUCCAGUAAGCCAACAGGUCCUCCAGCAAAGAAAGUCCUCGACGUUCCCAACCUUCGCACACUAGAGCUAAUAGGCGAUCUGAUUGGCCACUCUGGUGCAGUGCAGAUGUUUCUUAACUUCCCGUUUAAAGGCCUGCUGACAUGUUCCACGGAUCACCUGAUUAUCCUGUGGAGAGAUGGGGAGCGACAGUCUCAACUCCGAAGUCUUGCCCUUUUCCAGAAGCUGGAUGAGAACCAGGGACUCUGAUCAUACCCAGUCAAGAUAACUGCACACCCCUGCCGGUUCAGUCUUUCCACCUGUAUGUCACUGGAGGCCCUGGUUUGUCUCUGCAUUGCCAUAUUGAACCUAUUCUGUUACACGGUGUAUGAGUAAUCCUCUCACCUGGGGAGACUCAAACCAUCCAGGCUUACAAAUGUAUGUAUGCAAGCUUGCAUGCAC